UGAUGAGAUCAGCGGGAUCAGCUUUCGCGAUGGGGCGUUGCAGCUGCGGGCUCCCCCCCGCGGGCCGCCCCUGCCCCUGCCCCUGAGCUGAGCGGGAGGCGGCAUGAGGGUGCCGGGCGGGCCGCGGCUUUGUGCGGGGAGUUACGGCGCCAGGGAGCGGCCGGGCUGCGAGCCCCGCCCGCCCGCCCCGCGAUGCGCUCCCCGCUCGCCGCCGCCGCCGCCCGCCUGCAACUUGGCUGAGCCCGGGCGCGGCGCGGGGAGGCAGCGCCCGGCGGGGCUCGGCUCGGCUCGGCUCGGCCCGGCCUCCCUGCUCGCCGGCGGGGCCGCCGCCUUCUGCCUGCGGGCAGCGGCCGCCGGAGUGUGCGUCUCUUCUGAAAACACUGCUGCUCAAAAGCUGCAAACACGAGAAGUAAAUCCCAUCUGGUUAUCAAGUCAUUGACUCAGUGUGAAAGUGCUUUCAUGAGGUAACAUUGGGCCAAAGUCACCUUUUCUUUCUCCUUUGUGAAUCUGCAGCCAAGCAAUGGGCCAGAAAAUCUCAGGGAGCAUAAAGUCUGUGGAUGUGAGGGAGCCCCCUUACAGACCUGUUAAACGAGAGUUGAGGGGCCCUGACUUUUGCAAGCCUGCACGUCUGGACAUGCUACUGGAUAUGCCCCCUGCCAAACUGGAGGUCCAGUAUAAACAUGCUUGGAAUAAUGAAGAUCGCUCUUUAAAUAUAUUUGUAAAGGAAGAUGACAAACUCACUUUUCAUAGACAUCCAGUUGCCCAAAGCACAGAUUGUAUCCGGGGCAAAGUUGGCUACACCAGAGGUCUACAUGUCUGGCAAAUUCACUGGCCCACAAGGCAACGAGGAACACAUGCUGUGGUGGGUGUGUCAACAGCGGAAGCUCCCUUGCAUUCUGUAGGAUACACAUCGUUGGUUGGUAGCAAUAGUGAAUCCUGGGGCUGGGAUCUGGGACGGAACAAACUUUAUCACAAUUGUAAAAACCAACCUGGGGUGACAUAUCCUGUGUUUUUGGAACCGGAUGAGCCUUUUGUACUCCCAGACACCUUACUGGUGGUUUUGGAUAUGGAUGAAGGGACGCUUAGCUUCAUGGUAGAUGGACAGUAUCUUGGAGUGGCCUUCAGGGGACUGAAAGGGAAAAAAGUUUACCCUAUAGUCAGUGCGGUUUGGGGGCACUGUGAAAUUACCAUGAGAUACAUCAAUGGACUUGAUCGUGAAGAAAGUUUCCAGAAUCUUCAGGUUUUUGCUCUAAUUUUAAAAUGUCCAGCUUUCAAAAAGUUUGUCACUGGAAGAUUUUACAUCCACACUCCAUUAUUGGUUUUAUCAGCGGAGCCCCUGCCUUUAAUGGACUUGUGCCGAAGAUCAAUUCGGUUUGCUCUUGGCAGAGACCGCCUGCAUGACAUAGAAUCUCUACCUUUGCCUCAGUCUCUGAAAAAUUAUUUACAAUAUCAGUAAGAAGCCUAGAACCCCUCUGGCCUCAUAUUGGACUAAAUCAAUGCAAAUGGCAGAUGUUAUUGUUUACAGCAAAAUAUAAAUCUUUGUGGCGGACACUUGAGUGUUAUUUAAUUUUUAAUAUAUAUUUUUUUUUAAUCAACCACAGCAGAACCUUAAAGGGACUACUGAAGAAUGUGAAAAGAUUGAUCUGAUCUAGAUUUGUGUAUUAUCUGUUGCCUACUGUUUGCCAUCUUUUCAGAUAAUAUCGAAGGCUGAAUCCCCCUAGAUCAGUUGUCCACCUGACAGAUGUUAGCUUACCUGUAUUGACUUCUGGUAAACACCAGCUGAACAUCUGGUCCCAAGUUUUAUCCUUGUACAGAAAAGCAUCCUUUCAAUAAUGUGAUUGCUGCAUAUUAGUGAAAGAAAUGACACCAUGUGAAAUUUUCAGUGUUUAAAAAAUAGGACUUCAUUUCCAGAGUUGCUAAGUGAUUUCGGCUCUCAAAUUUUAUCUGGAAUUCCAAGUUCUCAGUGCUUUAGAAAAUCAAGCUCACAAUGUGUUAGAGGGCCUGCCAUGAAAGAUUAUUGUAUAAAGCAGUAAUGCCCUGAUUUAAAGCUAGAUGAGAGGAAAAGGUAUUUUGUAAGUGUAUAUUGGAUAAAUGAGAUAAGGUAGUCAGUGCAGCCCAUUGGUUCCAAGAUCAAAUCUAGUCCCUCUAGAGUUCUGCUGUUUUUAACAACAAAAUGUUCACAAUCUCAAUUCUAGGAUAUUCACAUUUUACAAAAUGUGUCACUUUUUAUUUGAACAAAUUUAUUUUUACAUUAUAUGAACUCUAAAUACUUGGUUCUCCUUUUAACCUAUGUGUGGGAUAUUGUUUAUUUAUCUGUUUAGAGUCAGUAGAAUCCUUGCUUAACUGUUUUUCAUCUUGAAAGGACUAGUUGUUUUUUUUUUUUCUCCUCUCCCCCUCACCCCACCUGAAACACUCAUUUUAUCAGGCUCAUCCCAUUUUAAAGAUGCUGCUCUUUAGUUGCAUUUCUUAUGUGUUCCAAGGUAAUCUGCCUGAUCAGUUAUCUAGUUUUUAAACUGGAAGUUGUUGUAAUGGCAGGAUGUCAGAUGUUUAAACUGAGCUGCCUUCAGCAUAUUUUAAUGUGAAUUUACUAAUGAAUGGGGAUAAAAUUUCUAAUAAAGUCUACUGUCCAAAAUGAAA